AUGGGUACUUGCUCUUAUACAAUCACCUUGCCUAUCAGGUGUUUAUCCAAUAGCAAUGGCCAUCAUGACCCACAUAAGCAGAACUUGAACAAGAUCAAAAUCAACGGCGCCUCUACCUCUACUAGGCCACUUAAGCUCGAUGCACCAAGUCAAACUGUUGGAGUGGCAACAAUAUAUCUAGCUUCUGUUUCUGAAAAUCUGACUCUCACAAAAGAAGUGAUGCGUCAGAACAUACCGACGAAGAAGCAGUACAUUGAUCCUCAUCGUCAAGGUCUUAUGAUUGAAGGCGGCGUUGGUUACAGACAGACAAUUGUGAUUAGGUCCUACGAAGUUGGUCCUGAUAAAACUGCUACACUUGAGAGCAUACUAUAUCUUCUUCAGGAAACAGCAUUGAAUCAUGUAUGGCUCUCCGGACUUCUCAGCAAUGGAUUUGGGGCCACUCAUGGAAUGGUGAAGAAUAACCUCAUCUGGGUAGUCUCCAAAUUACAAGUUCAGGUCGAUCACUAUCCAAUCUGGGGAGAGGUAGUGGAAAUCGACACAUGGGUACGAGCAUCAGGAAAGAAUGGAAUGAAGAGAGACUGGCUCAUCCGGAGCCAAGCGACAGGCCAUGUAUUUGUACGUGCAACUAGCACAUGGGUGAUGAUGAACGAGAAGACAAGGCGCCUCUCGAAGAUGCCAGAGGAGGUGAGGGCUGAGAUAUCUCCAUGGUUUAUAGAGAAACAAGCAAUCAAAGAAGAGGUACCUGAUAAAAUUGCCAAGUUGGACGAUAAAGCAAGAUAUGUGAUCUCCAACUUGAAGCCCAAAAGGAGUGAUUUAGACAUGAACCACCAUGUCAACAAUGUGAAGUACGUAAGAUGGAUGCUAGAGAUACUUCCUGAUCAUUUUUUGGAGUCCCAUCAGCUUUCUGGUAUCACAAUGGAGUAUAGAAGGGAAUGUGGAAGUGCAGACAUUGUUCAAUCCCUAUGCGAGCCAGAUGGGGAUGAAAUCCUUAGUAAUGACAUUCCCGUACUAAAUGGGUUUUCUUUAGCAUCUGAACCACUAAUGGAGGGCAACGGAUUCCUGGUACCUCUGGACAAGGUGCCACUAAAAUAUACACAUCUCCUUCUAACCAAAGGAGAAUCCCAAAAUGAAGAGAUUGUUAGAGGAAAAACAAUUUGGAAGAAAAAGCUUUGCACGAUGCCAUUUUCCACCUAGGAAAAA